AUGGGCAAGUGCUGCAACGAUCUUGGCUCCAGCCCGACCCUGCAGCUCUUCAUCAUCAUCUCCUUGGUGUUCUAUGUCUUCGUCGCCCUCGUCAACAUCGUGAUCGAUUUUCUUCAGGCAGAAUAUGAGAUUCCGUACGACAUCUUGAACCCGAGUAUUACGAUCAUCAUGCUAGGCAUCUUCGUCGUAUUUUGGCUUACAUGCUGCUCCCGAUGCUGUGCGCCCUGCUUCUGUGGACCCGAGAUGCCUGAUGUUCCUGCCGGCUGCAUGUGCCAACAGUGUGGAGGCAAUCCGGCGAUGAUGGACUGCCCUUUUUACAUCGUGUUCCUGCUGGAUGGUCUGGCAGGAUCGCCUGAUGCAGCCAUAGACUCGAUAAUGAACGACGCGAACAUGGAUUGGGAUACAGCACUGGAGAUGAUCGAGUUCAUCGACAACUUUACGUGGCUUCAUUACCUCCGCUACGUCCUGAUUGGCCUCGCAAUCUUGGGGAUCGUUCAGGCAAUCAAGAAGCGCAGAAUGAUGCUGAACGGGGAGUGCAAAUCUGCAUCUGCCUAUGGGGCUCCACCCAGCUACGGAGGGGCUCCACCGGCGUAUGGUGGGGCUCCGCCGGUCACUGUUGGUGCACCAGUGACGGUACCGCCCGUUGUGCAAGCCACCGUGGUCCAGCCGUCCAACGAGUCCAAUCAGAUUGCGUAG